CGGGGCGCGCGCAGGGGCGCGCGAGUGGGGUCCGGACGCGGGCGAGGACCUAAGCCUCGGGGGCUUAGGAAUGCGGGAGGUACACGCGCGAGGGAUAGGCAGCGAGCGCGGGGAGUGCGCGAUGGCGCGCGCGUACGACGUGGACGUCCCUUACCGCACGGGACUAGGAGAAGCAAGGGCGCUCUUGCAUAUGUCAUCCUCGAAGAUCUACCAAUGAAGGAUUGGGUAAAGUAUGCUUCAAAUUAUUUUGACGGAGGGGCCAAAGUUUGGUGGCGAUGGCUCUACCGUAACCAACACAAUCCAACUCGAUGGGAAGAUUUUAAGAAGGAGCUCGUCGCACGGUUCAAGACUCCGAUCUAUUGCCAUCACGACGAGGCUCCCUCACAUAAAGGGAAGAGAGGCAACCUGUCUAAUUGCCAACGGGAAUUCAUGGGCCACAACCAAGUCCAAGAGGAUGUCGAGCAGCGGCCUCAGACAUCAAACAUUCAUGACCGCCCACGGUUCAACGAGUGCCUAAGAGUUGCGCAUCGACCAACCACGAACAAUGAUCGACCACAACUGCGUGUGCGGCCACCACCUUACGGUCACGAUCGGGCGAGGAGAGAGUGCGAGCAAGCUGAGAUCAAGCAAGAGAAGUCGCGAGUAGGCGACAAGGCCCAAGGCGAGUCCAAGAAUGAGAUGGAGGUCGAAUUGGUCAAGCACGAUAAGUAUGAGGUUGAAAUUACGGUCGAGUCGGUCGAGAGCGAGAAACCGAACUCGUUCAAUAAGGAGGUUAUGAGCAAAGCCGUGGAAGGGCGACCUAGAUCUCUCGGCGAGGGCCAGGGCAACACCAACGCUACCGUGGCACGACUCGAGCAACGCCUAGAUGAGGUGCUGCGGGCGUCCCAACAAAAGCGAGAUCAUGACGUUCCGACGAGGCGCGAGAACCGCAGGCACGCUGAACACGAGGAAUGCACGCCAUCGCCUAGACGCGAUGCGCGAAACACGCCAGAGCGGGCCGAAG